GAGUCCGACCUUUAGCUCUGGUCAGUGGUGUUCAGCAUCAGGAACAAGUGUUGUGUACAGUGUUGUAUAGUGUGUGUGUGUGUGUGUGUGUGUGUUUCAACUGGUGUGUAACGUCUGGAAGUCUGUGUUCACAGAGACAGGCCAGGUGUGCUCAGGUGCUCAGUGGGCGUUGAGAGCCCAAAAUAGUGAGGGGAUAAAAAUGGGCACAAGAUGAAAUAUGAUCCAGGAAGGAUUUAAGUAAAAGAUUCAUGAGUCUCCAGUUCCCAAGCCCCUGAACAGUGGCAGACAGGAUUAUAGUUCUGGGAAAUUAUCUUGAAGGAAAAACUCCAUUGACCAGCUCCCGUACGACCACGCCCACAGAGUGCAGGGGAGGGGGGAUCUGAUCGUCCAUCAUCUCGGCGCCGUGUCAAGGUGCUGAUAUGUGUUCACGAUGAGCGGACUGGGGGAGAACUCCAUGGAGCCUCUGAGCUCAGAAAACCGAAAACGCAAGCUCUCCACUUGUGACACGCCUGGUCUGGGGUGUGAGAGGAAACGACGGGAGCAGGAGAGCAAAUACAUAGAAGAGCUUGCUGAGCUGAUCUCUGCCAACCUAAGUGACAUCGACAGCUUCAACGUCAAACCGGACAAAUGUGCCAUCCUCAAAGAGACAGUUCGCCAGAUCCGCCAGAUCAAAGAGCAGGGAAAAGCAUCUUCCAAUGAUGACGACGUCCAGAAGUCGGAUGUUUCCUCAACAGGUCAGGGGGUCAUUGACAAGGACCACCUGGGGCCGCUCCUGCUGCAGGCUCUCGACGGCUUUCUGUUCGUGGUGAACCGCGAGGGCAGCAUCGUGUUUGUGUCGGACAACGUGACGCAGUACCUGCAGUACAAACAGGAGGAGCUCAUCAACACCAGCGUGUACACUAUACUCCAUGAGGACGACAGGGAGGAGUUCCACAAGAACCUGCCCAAGAGCAACAUAAAUGGAGUCUCGUGGGGAAGUGAGGCCACCCGACAGAAGAGUCACACCUUCACUUGCCGGAUGCUGGUCAAGUUUGGCCACGCCCACGGCCCCAUGGAGGAGGGGCCAGGAGGGCCACGCUAUGAGACCAUGCAGUGUUUUGCUCUCACACAGCCCAAGGCAAUGAUUGAGGAGGGUGAAGACCUUCAGUCAUGUAUGAUCUGUGUGGCCCGACGGGUGACAGCUAUGGAGAGAACAGAGAGUUUUAAUACCCGUCACGAGCUAUCAGGUAAAUUGAUCCAGAUCGACCAGAACUCUCUGCGGGCGUCGAUGCGUCCAGGCUGGGAGGAUUUGUUGAGGCGUUGCAUUCAAAUGUUCCUUCAGCAUAGUGACGGGCAGCCCUGGUCGCACAAACGCCACUACCAUGAGGCCUUUUUGCAGGGUCACGCUGAGACACCACUGUACCGCUUCUCUCUGUCCGACGGCACUCCAGUUACGGCGCAGACCAAGAGCAAACUGUAUCGGCAUCCAAUGAGCAACGAGCCUCAAGGAUUCAUCUCCACUCACCUACUACAGAGGGAACCCAAUGGUUACCGCUCCUCUCAGGGUGGGGGCAUGAUGCCGAAUGCUAUGAGACAACAGGGCAUGGGAGGCCCGAACCCCAAUGCCCAGAUGAACAUGAACAGCGGUGGGGGGAUGGGGAUGGGAAGCAUGGGCGGCAUGAACAGGGGCUUUGGCAUAAAUGAGCAGGGCCACAUGGGUCACAUGGGUCCAAUGGGCGGCGGCUCUAUGUAUGGAGCAAAUGGAGGAGCGAGUGGAGGCAUGGGCAACCGCAUGAUGCAGAUGAAUCAGAUGGGGCAGAUGAGUCAGGUGGGGCACAUGAAUCAGAUGAAUCAAAUGGGUCCCAUGAAUCACCCUGGCCAAGGAAUGCAGCAACACCCGCAGCAGCCCCCAUUUCAGAGCAGCGGAGGGUUUGGGCUGGGUGGCAUGAAUAGCCCCUCCGGAAGCCCCAGAAUGGGUGGACCCCAGCAGGGACUCCUGAUGUCACCACGGAACAGAGGUAGUCCAAAGAUGGGUGCCAACCAGUUCUCACCAGGAGGCUUACACUCUCCCAUGAGUGGCAUUGUCAGUGGUGGAGGAAGCGGAGGAAGUACCACCACCUUCUCCAGCAGCUCACUAAACGCCCUACAAGCAAUCAGUGAAGGUGUAGGCAGCUCCCUGCCAUCGACUUUAACGUCACCCUCGCCAGCCCUUAAACCUGACAGCUCUCCCAGUGUCCACUCCUCCUCUUCCUCUCAGCCCAGUCAGCCGGCAAAACCAGGCCAAGAUGGCUCCAAAAGCCCAGCCGGAGGCUUUGGACCUGGGCCGGGUGACCAUCACCACCCAAUGCAGCAUCACCACCAUCAUCAGCAUCCUCAGGCUGAGAGUUCUGGAGAUCGUCCUGACAGCCAGGCAGCUGCGGCGACUAAAGAGUGUGGCGAUGCAGGCAAUGAGGCAGGGGUGGCAAGCUCAGAGCCUCCUCGGAGGUUGCCGGACAGUAAGGGGCAUAAGAAGUUGCUGCAGUUGCUGACAUCCCCAACUGAGGAGCUGGGAAUAAGUGGCAGUGGGCCAGCAGGGCCCCCUGUACCACCCCCACCACCCAGCAGCAGCACUCCUGCAGGCUCAGAUAGUAAGGACCCCACAGGAGGCAUGACCAGCCCGUCGUCUACUGGGGUCUCUUCCUCUUCCUCAGCCAGUGCCAAUCCAGGUCUGGCGACUGGUCCAGGGGGCGUGUCAACAUCACUUUCAUCAGCCCACUACACAGGCUCGCUGCAAGAAAAGCACAAGAUCCUCCACAAGCUUCUUCAGAAUGGCAACACUCCAGAUGAAGUGGCUAAGAUCACGGCUGAGGCGACAGGAAAGGUGUCACUGGGGAAUCAGGAGGGAGGGGAGGUUGGAACAGGAGGAUCAGGAGGCGGUACUGGACCUGGGAAUACUACCGAGCCCAAACAGGAGCAGCAUAGCCCCAAGAAGGAGAAGACCCAUGCCCUUCUUCACUACCUCCUCAAUAAGGAUGAUUCCAAAGAGCCGGCAGAUAUAAAGCCUAAACUAGAAGAGCUAGAAGGGAAGGGGGCCCCGGGGGCUGCUGGCGGCCCUGCACGGGGGGGUCCUGGAUGUGGUAACGGCCCUGCACCUGAACAUCCCGAGAGCAAGAUCAAGUCCGAGCCGCCUGAUGACUUGCACAACCUAGAGUCCAUCCUCGGAGAUUUGAGGGGUUCAAACUCAGACUUCUACCCGGAUCAAGCUGGAGGGGCUAGUGAUGCGGGAAACAAACCACAGGGUUGCCUAGAUGACAGCCUGCAGAGGAGUCCAGGAAUGGGUCCAGGUCCUCGGGGACCCUUCCAGAGGGCCAUGUCCAUAGAUGGGAAGCCUCCAGUUGGUCCAGGAGGGGCAGGUAGACGCCCCAUGCUGAUCAAGCAGGAGAACAUAAUGGGCAGUCCAGAUGGGUACCCAGGAAACAUGGGUGUGUGCUCAAGACCAAUGAAUAGAGGCAUGGUUCCCCAGAGGUCUCCAAUGGGAGGUUCAGGAGAUUGGAGCAUGCCCCGUUCCAGCGCAAGCCCUGUGGGGUCAGCAGGACACCCCUCCAUGAUGCGCCCAGGCAUGGAGUACAACAACAGCAAGGGCAUGAUGUCAGGCCCUAUGGUUAGCCGCUCCAACAGUGUACCCGGCACCAGGUCAAUGCUGCAGCAACAGCUCAUGGAAAUGGGUGGUUCUGCUGACAUGGGUAUGGGAAUGAGCCCCUUCAGCCAGCAAGGCCAGCCCAGCCAGUCCUCAUCCUGGCCGGAUUCUAUAAUGGGCAUGGAGGGUAACAGACGCCAGUUUGGGAACACCUUAGACGAUCUUCUGGUGCCUCCCACCACCAGUGAGGGACAGAGUGAUGAGCGGGCGCUGCUCGAUCAGCUGGACUCGCUGCUGAAUAACACUGACGGCAUUGCUCUUGAGGAGAUUGAUCGAGCGCUGGGCAUCCCAGACCUCGUCAGCCAGAAUCAGGGGGCUGAGCAGCAGCUGGAGCCUUUUCCAGGACAGGACCCUUCCAUGGUGCUGGACCAGAAGCCUCUCUACGGACAGGGCUACCCCGGACCCCCCUCCAUGCCCAUGCAGUCCGGCUAUGGAGGGAACCCCAUGCAGGGACAGACUCAGCAGGGGGGGUUUGGGCCCAUGCUCUCUCAGAUGGGCCAAGGUGGCAGUUUCCCUGGUAUGGGUGGGAUGGGUGGCAUGGGACACCCUCGUGCCAACAUGAUGAGACCCCGAAUGAUGACGGCCAACAAACCCAUGAGGCUUCAGCUGCAACAGAGGCUGCAGGGACAGCAGUUCAUGAAUCAGACGCGGCAGGGUAUGGGCAUGAAGAUGGAGAAUCCGGGAGGAAACCCUGGCAUGAGGCCAGGCAUGCAGCCUGGCAUGGGAGGACAGCAGGGCUUCCUCAAUGCUCAGAUGAUGGCUCAGCGCAGCAGGGAGAUGGUCACCAUGCAGAUGAGAAGGCAGCGUAUGAUCAUGCUGAUGCAGCAGCAGCAGCAACAACAGGCUGCAGCGGCCGCUGCUGCAGCCGCAGGAGGAUUCAGUCCACCUCCAAACGUCACGGCUCCUGGUGGCAUGGACAAUCCCAUGGGAGGGCCAAGCAUGGGUCAGCCGGGCCCGCAGCAGUUUGGCUACGGAGGGAGCUAUGGGAUGGGACAGCAGGGAGACCCUUCGUUCGGACCAUCAGGCGGCAGUCCUCCUAACGCGAUGAUACCCAGCCGCCUAGGACCUCAAAACCCCAUGAUGCAACAGCACCCACAAGGCGGUCCCAUGUACCAGGGUGCUGAUAUGAAAGGCUGGUCGCAGGGAGGCAUGGGACGCAACAGUUCAUACCCACAGCAGCAGUUUGGGCCACAGGGACCUCCAGGGCAGCAGCAGUUUGGGCAGCAGGGGAAUCCAGGCCAGUAUGGGGGCAUGAUGAUGAACGGGGGCAUGCCAGCCAGCGGAGGAGCAGGUCACAUGGGGCAGAUGGGGGGGCAGAUGGGAAUGAACCCAAUGGUGAUGGGACGCAUGCCUAUGGGGCCUGAUCAGAAAUACUGCUGAGCAUGGUGACAGCAGCAUUUGUCUCACUGUGAUCUCCAUCCAGAGAGAGGACACAGCUGCAGCACAGGAGUGAGGAGGAGGAGUCGUAGUAGUAGUGGAGGACCAGACUCUGUGUGUGUGUGUGUGUGUGUGUGUGUGUGUGUGUGUGUGUGUGUGUGUGUGUGUGUGUGUGUGUGUGUGUGUGUGUGUGUGUGUGUGUGUGUGUGUGUGUGUGUGUGUGUGUGUGUGUGUGUGUGUGUGUGUGUGUGUGUGUGUGUGUGUGUGUGUAGUGCUGCUUUCCCACCAGACGGGGGAGUGAGCUUCCUUUGUAGAGGGGUCUGUGACGACAGUCUGGAAACCUGAAGAAAAACAGUCACAUUGAUUCAUGAAGAAACUCAAUAUUGAUUAAGAAUCAUGAACAGUGUGACACAGUCACACACUGAAACAGUUACAGCUCUUUGACUCCUCUGUAGACUGUAGUAUUAAUGUUCCUCUUUUCCUGAGUGGCGUGUGCCUCAGUGAACACAAACGCCACACGCUGGACCGAAACAUGGACGAACGCGUCGAGACAUCCUCUCCACGUCGUCGAAUGUACUACGGAGCUGUGUUUUGAUUUUAAAAACAUGGGAUUCCUCUCUUCACUUCUGAACGCCGCCUCUCCGAUGCUCCAGGAAGAUCUCUCUGUGUACUCAAUGUAAAGUUUCUAGACGACGAGCCGUCAGAUUGUGACACUCACAUGAAUGUCAUUCAGCAGUAGCACAUUGUUUUUUGUCCUCCGGGACGCCGCUGAGCUAAAGAACGACUGACUUACUCGUUGGCUGAUUGCACUUUAAGAAAAGGCCAACAUCAAAAGGAUUGUGGCAAUAUAGAGGCCUUUACCCAAGAGUUAAUGUAUAGCAGCAGAAAUUUACUGUUUAUUUUUGUGUUUGUUCUCCAACUUUUUCCUCUGUAACCAGGAUUGGUUGCUGAUGAUUGGACAUGGGUAAUCUUUUUGAUCUUUGUUCUAAAGUGGGAACCAGUGGAAAGGCAGAAAGCACAGAUUUUAUCCAACGCUCUAGUCUACAGUGAAGUAAUUUAUUAGAGAAACUGAACGUUUUUAAAAAUCACUCGACUUCAAAACUCGACUUAUAUUUAUACAGAUUUGCGGUGUGAUUGUUUUAUCAUUCCAGAGGUAACUUUUAAAUUGAAAUCUUGCAGGUAUUUCGUUAACCUUGCACCAAUUUGCGGUGUCACUACAAAUGCAGAAACACAAUUUAAGAUGAUGUCUACAUUAGCUCCUGCUGUAAGAGAAAUUGUGUGUUAGAUUUCAUUGUGCUGAUUUCUAGCAAUAAUCCUUCCUCCUGGUUUUCCCCUGAGGACAAAGCUCAUACACUCAAAGUGAUGGCACUGCAGUAUUAGACAUGUCUCAUUUGGAGUUCUUUGUUUAUUUGUUUCUUUGUUUCUUUUACCUGUGAAUAUGAAUUGUAAAUAGGCUUCAAAUGUACUAUAUAUAAAUAUAUAUAUGCUUUUGUAGGUCACAUACGUUUUUGCACAGAUUGUAAGGCUUGAUAUUUAAAAGUUUCUUAAUCUGUCAUAGGUCAGCUUUUAUUUUCCAAACCUUAAACAUAAGGCAGAAAGGAAGGGCCUCAUUUUUUGUAAGCAGUACGUGUAGAUUUAGUUUCAUACUGUCACUUUCUUUCUCUCGGAAAACAUUUUUCUGAGGACAUAGUCUUAGCUGAAGAGGUGCUAGUGUGUCAUGUUGUUUUUAAAUUAUUUUUCUCUUGACAGAAAAAGGAAACACAAAGUAUGCCUAUAUACAUAAAGAGUUGACACAUGAUUGUGUUAGGCUUCAAGGGGCCCAGAUGUCUUACCAGUAAUGUGGUGUUGAUGUUUUCUCUACUGAACCUCAUGCUCCCAUGUGUGACUUAAAGUUUCACUCCUGAGAUUUCUGUGCUUUCGGAUUUUGCAGAUUUGAUGAUUUAGCCUCAGACAGAGACACUUUGGAGCCACUGUCUGCAGAUGUUUAAUCCUUAUGGAAGCAAGACAAGAAGUUGUUUGAAUCCCUAAUUGCCUGUCAAUCUCUUGACAGGGAAAUCUUUUUCUUUUUUUUUUUACCUUUAAGUUUGCCUUUAUUUUUAUUCUAACUCUUGUGAACCUUUUGUUGGAGAAUCUACCUUUGAACACAUGCUCAAUCCAAAGAUUUUUGUUUGUCAUUCUGCAGUUUUUAGAACAGUUCCUGAUGUAGAUCGUGCAAGUACUCAUGUGUGAUUUAACUGUUGCACAUAACCUAUAAUAUUCAUUGAACUAAAUAUUUUUAAAUGCAUAUAUUAUAUCCCCAUGAUCCGUAUGACAUAGAGUAGACAAAAGUCUGGUUCUGCUGAGGUGGUUUGAGUUUUUCCAUUUGUGAUUGUUUCUUCCUUUCUGUAGCUCUUAUGGCCAGUUGAAUUGUGGUGCUGCAAACGGUGCUUUCACAAGCGAAUGUUGAGAUUUUUUUCUAAGCUGAAAGGAGGUUUCAUGAUUGAUGUCUUUAUGUCUCAGAAUAAUAGCUUGGAGUUGUUUUUUUUUUGUAGCCCCAGUCUCAAUGAUGAAUAUGAAAUUUAAAUCGUUAAAUAUUUGAGAAAAAAAACAUUUUUCUAGGAGGCAAAAAGUCUCUUUAGAGUGCAUCGUCGGCACUAAAGAUACUGCUAAAUAAAUCUGGGAAACAUACGGUCAUUAUUAAAGGAUGUAAAAUACUAUUGCAUUUUUUCUUACCCUGUUUCUUGAUGUUAAUAUUGAUGUAAAUACAAAUUUAUAUUUAAACAUUA